UAGAUUCUUCUUAGGAGUGGUUUUGCUGAGGCCUGGAGCGAGGGCCUGGACAAAGAGCGAGCCGUUGCUUUAACGGUUUAACCCGACGGUCGGCCUGGAACUCUGGGGCAAAGAACCCCGAGCUCUCAAUGUGGGGUGUUCGAAAUGGAGCCGCAGCCGUUGCAGCCGUUGCAGCCGUUGCCACCAGCCGAGCGGCUCCGUCUCACGGAACAGCAGGGGCGGGAGCGUGGUGGAGGCUGCGGCCUCCCGCUUUAAGUUGCCCCGGCAGAGGCCUGCUUCUGCUGAGGUGCCCCAGCUGUCGGGCUCUGCAUUACACUGCCGUCCUCUGCGGCAGAAACCUGCUGAAGAAGCUUCUCUCUAAAAACAAGAAGAAAUUUUGGUACAAUAGUCCUACACUGGGAUCUCACCUGGUAUACAAGCCAUCCAAUUUGGUAAGGGUAUUAGAGCUUGCUCCAGCAAAGGUGAAAAAAGAAGAUAGCAUACGUAAAAGGGCCCUCAAUGUCGUGUUGUUUAAAGCUGUGAGAGAUGUGCUGAGUACCUGCGAGGCUGGCCAACAAGCUUAUGACCUCUGUGUGGAACUGUCUAAGGCAUCCCUCACAUCAGAUUUUUCAGUGUGUCGUAUAUAUUGGAGGACUACUGGCAGCACAGAACAGGAUGACUAUAUUGACAAGGUUCUGCAGAAGUGUGCUCCACGUAUAAGACACCUCCUGAUUUCAUAUCGGGUCCUAGGAACAGUUCCUCCACUAUUGUUUAUUAGAGACAAAGGAGAUGCUGCUGUAAGAGAGAUUGAAAGGUUAUUGGCAACUGCUGAUUUUGGGCCUGAAGAAGAAGAAAAUGAAGUGGUUCAAAAUAAUUUCAGUGAACAAAGAUCCACCAUGGCUACCACAUAUUUGGACACUUCGCAUUCAUGCCUCCAUGCUAAUCUGUUUGGAAUUGAUCAUGAUACAUUAAAUAAGCAAAUAAUUGAAUACAAAAAAAUGAAUAAGGACAAGGAAAUAGAAGGGAUUGGAUUGUCAGAGCAGCAGCAACAACAGCUAGCUGAGAUAAAAAAGCAAAAGAAAAUGAGAUGGAAGAAGAAAGCCAAGAAACCUUUUGAUGAUGAUAUUACACCUCAGAAAUAUCUAGUGGGUAAAUACAGUGAUGAUGAUUGGGACAGUGACAUUGCAUUCUCACAUGAACUGGAGUAUGAAUUGCAGGAACUAGAAAAUGAAGUGGACGUAGAUGAUAGAACCACCAAGCAUAAGUAAAUUUGCAAAACUAUGGCUUAAUUUGGAUGUUAUGUUACUAAUCCUCCAGCCCAUGGUUGGGUGAAAUGAGAAUUUGUGGGCUUCCACAUAUCACCUUCCCCUCUCAUUAGUGAAUUCCCUCCCCCCUUUCCUAGUAUGCGUAACUAUUGUUGCUAUUAUAUCCAAAUAAGGCAAUCUAGAGUUAGUGCUAACUAGGAAUUAUCUCCACAUCCACUCCAAAUCCUAGUUUGAAAUAAACUUCCGGUUAGUGUCAACUGCCCAACAUAACUUGCCUGAAUCAGACAUUGCAGCAAACUAUGGCUAUGAAAAACAGAAAAGGGAGGAGGAAAUCCAUGCAUGAGGGGAGCCCAUUACAACUUUCUGAUCCUCUUACAACAUGAUUUAAUUUGGAGAAUAAUGAAUGUCACAUCUGAAUGGACCCUAUUAAGUUUCCUAGGGAUGUUCUCUUUUUUAUUGUUAAAUUGCAACAGCUUUUAAAACAUUACUCUUUAAGUUGUAUUAACACAACUUUCUUUGGUUUGGAAAACACAGUGAUUUAUUUAGUGGGGGAAAGGAUGGUGACAAAUAAUUUGUGAAUAAAAUAUUUUAAGAAAAA